CUCAAGAUACAAGACACUGAGCCGAAAAAACGAGUGAAGUAAAAAUGAUGCUGCAAAGAAUCCGUCUGCCUCUCAUCCUGGUCCUUUGUGGAUUGGUGUUACCAUCGCUUACCCUGACUCGAAAGUAUGUUCGAAAGAAUACCUUCAGGCGACCGAAGAGCUGUUUGGAGUUUUUGAAACUUGGCUACAACACAGAUGGCUACUAUCUCAUACACAUAAAGAACUCUGCUUUAACCGUCUACUGCGACAUGAAUUCAGAGGCUGGGUCAGCCUGGACGCUUAUUAUGUCAUACGCUUUGGAGAAUAUCAAAAUGAAACAAUUUAAAAGGAACCCAUUACAGGCUAACGCCCCAGUGAAUGCACUAUCUCCCAAUUGGAACACGUAUCGCAUGGCUUUGUCAGAAAUAAAGCAUCUGGCCUCCGUUUCCACUCACUGGCGAGCUACCUGCGACUUUCCGAAAUACGGGGUCGACUACACCGACUACGUGAGAGCAAGAUUCUCCGAUUUCAACAUCAUGAAGUACCUGAGCAAUGGUGGUUACUGCAAGAAGGUCGAGUACGUGGACAUACGAGGUAAUCGUUGCGCGCAUUGCACUACUAGAUGGUGGCAGAAAAUAGGCGCAAGGAGCCCGCAUAUGGUCAGUGGUUACUCCGGAUGUCAGUUCAAUGGUCAACGCGGUUCUGUGCGGGCCGAAGAUAAUUUCAACUACUACGACGAUUACAACAAGAAGUUUCGUUGCUCUUCCAGCCCUAAAGCGACAACAAACUGGUGGUUUGGAGGGUAUUUGCCUUGAAAAAGCUGAAAGAUAUACGAUCUUGAUUAUGCCGACGAUUAAAAAAGCUCCAUUUAAUUAGUAGAUUAGUUUUUGGGACAAUAAAUAAAACCUGGCAAUUGCAGUAAGUUGUAGUUUCUGCAUGAAUGAUUUGAAUUAAUUAAAAAGCACUACUCAUUUCA